AUGCUUCCAGCCAGUGAGUACAGCAAUCCGGAAGAAAGCUCGCUGGCCACGAUACGCGUGCAGCGGCCCACGCCGAUGUCUGCCACCGGUGUGACAGUCUCCGAUGAGGUCAGGCCGACGUACGAGGCGAUGCGGGACGGCAAGCAAUACCGCUACAUCGUCUACUACAUAAAGGACCGCUCGGUCAUAGCAGUCGAUACCACGGGGGAGCGUUCGGUCACCUACGCUGACUUCUUGGAGACGGUGCAGAACGACUACGCAAACGAGUGUCGGUGGUUCGUAUACGACUACCCCGACCCUGUCUAUGCCGACUGGUCAACCAAACGCGUCUUUAUUACCUGGGUUCCAGAGGGGGCCAACUUGAGGCAGCAGCUGAUUUACAAGAGCACUGCAGAAAUUCUCCGAAGGGAACUCGUCGGGAACGCUGUGGAGGUCGAGGGGUCCAGCAUUGCAGAUAUCAGCCAAGAAAAAAUAGAUGCUGCCCUGAAGCAUUAG